CACCGGGCACGGCACGGCAGGGAGGGGAGGGCCCGGCGGGCGGCAUGAGCGCUGGUGGGGAGGCGGCAGGUGAGGGGAGCGGGGCCGCUGCCCCCGGAGCACCGUUCCCCCGCGGCGGGCCGCGCUCGGCGGGGAGCAGCCCCGUGCCCAGCCCUGGAUCCCCGGUGUCCGAGGAGCCAUUGCAGAAACGACAGAGAACCGUGGAGGAUUUCAACCAGUUCUGCACCUUCGUUUUGGCCUACGCAGGCUACAUCCCCUACCCUGAAGAGAAUGAGCCCUGGACCCAUGGAGGCAGCAUGAGUCCCCAGAACAGCACGGGGAGCACUCAGGACAGUGAUAGCUGGGCCUCAUCCCACUCCUCUGACUGCCAUGUCCUGACGGAUGAUGGGAGGAGCAGGAGCACCAUGGCCAGGGGGGCUGUGGAGAGCAGCUUGCUCAUGAGCUGCCCAGCCUUCCCCACCAGCUUCUAUGAUGUCCGGCCCCAGCAAACGAAACGGAAGAAGCCACCAGCAAAGAAACUCAUUUUGGAGCCAGAGGUGAAGAGCGUGCUGCUGAGCACUGGGAAGGGCUUUGGCGCAGAGCAGGACGGGGUGAAGGAGCCAGCUGCGCCAGAGGGACAGAUGCUUCCCGUGAAAGAGCAGCUCCUGGAGCCUUCCCUCAACCCGGCUGGGGACCCCCAGCCCAACUCCCUCCUGGAGGAACUGAUGAAGGAGGAGAAGGACUGGAUGCAUAGAGAGCAGGGGACGGAGAAGCUAGCAGGAGAUGAUCCUCAGCUAAAGGAGCACAGCCCCUGCUCUGGAGGGAGGAAAAGCCCCAGUUCUUGUAGUACCUUGGACCAAAGCGAAGGAGAAGAUGCAAGUAGAGGGAGUUCCCAGCUUAGUGCAGUUGAAUUCACAGCAGCACCCAACACCAAAGCAGAAGAUGAUGAUGCCUGGGAUCUGAUCACCUGCUUCUGCCUGAAGCCCUUCGCAGGAAGGCCCAUGAUUGAAUGUAACGAGUGCGCGACCUGGAUCCACCUCUCCUGUGCCAAGAUCCGCAAAUCCAACGUGCCUGAGGUUUUCAUCUGCCAGCGGUGCCGCGAUGCCAAGCAGGAGAUUCGCCGCUCUAACCGAGCUCGGACAGUGCCCCGCAAGCGCUUCUGUGACUGAAGCUCCUCCACAGCAGGGAAGGUGGGGGUCCCCUUUUCUCAA